CAAUUCCAAGUUCUAAACAAAGACGUAAACGGAAAAAAUGGCGAGGAGACCGGACGACGAAUACGAUUAUUUGUUUAAGGUUGUAUUAAUCGGCGAUUCCGGUGUAGGAAAAUCUAACUUGCUUUCCCGAUUUACUCGGAACGAGUUUUGCUUAGAAUCUAAAUCUACUAUCGGAGUCGAAUUCGCCACUCGCACUCUCCAAGUUGAGGGAAGAAAUGUGAAAGCGCAAAUAUGGGACACUGCCGGUCAGGAACGGUACAGAGCAAUAACCAGUGCUUACUACAGGGGUGCACUUGGAGCUCUUCUGGUCUAUGAUGUUACGAAGCCGACAACAUUCGAAAAUGUAAGCCGAUGGCUGAAGGAACUCAGGGACCAUGCAGAUUCUAAUAUAGUGAUUAUGUUGAUCGGGAACAAGACUGAUUUAAAGCAUCUCCGAGCAGUUGCAACGGAGGAUGGUCAAAGCUUUGCAGAGAAAGAGGGACUUUCCUUCAUCGAGACAUCAGCACUGGAAGCAACAAAUGUUGAGAAGGCUUUCCAGACCAUUCUCUCUGAAAUAUACCGCAUAACUAGUAAGAAAUCACUUUCUUCAGAUGAACCGACACCUGCAAGUAUCAAAGAAGGGAAGACCAUUGACGUCGGAACUUCGGAUGUCAACGCGAAAAAGGCUUGCUGCACAUCAUCCUGAACAUGAUCUUUUUAUUCACUGCAAUCCUCAUCUCUUUUUGGGUAUUAAAUUUGUGCUUAUCGUCCAAUACUAUCUAUUGUGAUUAUUACAAACAUCCGAACCAUUCAUGCUCUUGUAUCAUUUCAAGUUAUUGAUGAUUUUGCUAUGAUGGCAUUUCUACAA